GAAGUUCUACCGCGUAAAACGUGCGGAGGGGAAGGCGUUGAAGGAAGCCAGCAUCUUGUGAUGCGCGACCUUGUGAUCUCUCAGGUUCGGGCCGACGCAGUGACAAGUAUAUGUUUGGUUUCAAUCGGCAGUGGAGACACGGUGCUGGACAACGAAUACAGACAGAUGAAUUGUGAGGGAGGGAGCGAACAGGUCGAACAGCAACACGCGCAAACAACGCGCUCAUUUCCUUUUCGACAAAGAUGGCGGACACAGUGACCUGUGGUUUAUGCCGAAGACAAUUCUCAAAAUACACCUGCCCCAAAUGCAAUAUCCCGUACUGCUCAUUGAAUUGCUUCCGCUCUGAAGCUCAUUCACAAUGCUCUGAAGGGUUCUACAAGGCCGAACUCGAGUCGGACAUCCGCUCCGGCGGUGGUCCUUCGAAGACAGCUGAAGAACGGAGGCAGAUGAUGGAACUGCUCAAGCGUUUCGAGGAGGAGAGCGCAGCAGUUGACGAGAGUCUCACAGCUGAAGAAGAUGGCGAUAAUGACGAGACAGAUCUAUCGAAACGGAUGCGUAAUGUUGACAUCGACUCGGUCCAAUCGGAAGAACUAUGGGCUCUGCUCACUCCCACCGAGCGAGAUAGAUUCCUCAAGAUAGUGCGAGACCCAUCAAGUGAACUGACCCAGCAACUACUGGCGAGUGAAGAAAUCGAAAGAGGAAUGACUGAACCAUGGUGGUUGCGUCCUUCAACACUCGAAAUGAAGGAAGAGCUGUCGGUAUUAAGACGGCCCAGAAAUCAACGACAAUACGGUCAUCCGCCGGAACCUAUUGCCAUUCCUCCGUCGAUGAUGCACCAGAAACGCAGCAGCGAUGCACCUCCCCCCUUGAUGUACAACAUCUGUGCUGUGAUGCUGGGUUAUGCAUAUAUCACUCGACAUCUCUCCAUUUCUCCGCUUUGUUCUGCUGGAGAGCUGGAUCAGGAAACAGCACGGACACUGCUAUCGCAGCUGGUCCCGUUCCUUACCGCGAAGACGUCGAAAAUCCUGCAUCUGACACUAGACAGUGCCAUCACGGAGUUGCAGUCCCACCUCAACUCUGAUGGGUUAACAACUCAGCUACCGAGCAUCCUAUUACGCGACGCGGCAAUGCUCAUCCGUCCAGCUCUCAUCGUGGAGCACGGGUCUGCUCACCUCAAUGCGUUUCGUGCCUUGGGAGACAUGCAUAGUCUGUUUCAGGCCCAGAUACACGUCAAACACAAACUUGCGUUCUACGCGGUUCAAUUGGAUCCUUCGGCGAGUUUGGUGGCUCGGGAACUGGAGAAUGAAGCGCGUAGCAGGGAGGCAGAGUCUAUUCCCUCGGUUGAAUGGGAUCGUCGACCUUUCGUUCUGCCAAAGAAAAGUAUCAACAUCGAAGAAGUCGAGGCGUAGAAGAUUAUAGUCGCAGUACUUUCAUCAACAAUUUGAUUAUAACCGUCAACCCGCUUGUGAACUGAGCAGGCAAACCUACAGUUCGCAACUAUUAACCUUGACAAGCCUGACAUACAGCGCUUAGACCGACAGGGACAUGAGUUUGUUUACAUUUGAGCACGUGGCUGAGAAGAAACACGGUCACGCGAUCCACCACCUCUUGUCAUCAAUCCCCCACCUUCCUCCAGCCCUCGAU